CUAAAACCGCGUGAUUCAACUUUCUUUUAGUUAUCUCUGUUCGAUAUUGGAUAUUUGGUAUUGUAUAGAUGCCACUCUUCGUCUUCCACUUCCGUGGAUUCCCUGAUAACAGUUUACAUGCUGUGAUUUUAAGUCUUUACUGCCUGUCAAUAAACACUUGAAACACCUCGUAUUAGUAGCUAGUAGAAAAGAUUAGUGUAAGCAAACGAAAUCAUAUGUUAUAAACUUAUAGGUUUUACCAGCAAAUUCCCGUAAUAUUACUCCUGUCUUAUUUUUACAUGUUGUCCAUUGCCUUCAUUACCAGAUCUCUCCUUCUUCACGCUGCUGAAAACGCUCCUACAUUAUCGAAAGCAUUCUCGGACUAGACACAAUCCGUUACAUAUUCAGCUAGCCAUCAGAGGCUGAGCGUUACAUCGGCGGGUGAAAUCUUCCCUAGUUCGGUUCGAUGCUUGUAGAAGUACUAUUACAGGAUGGGUAAUUUUUAGAAGAUGAGGUUUUACAAUGCAAUUAUCAUCACCAUAUUGUCUGAAGAUAUAUGGCUUGCAGAGCUCAAGCGCGUUGAUCAACGUUGUCUUUUGGCUAGAGAUACAUUAAAUAAAUACAUUUCCCGACCUCUUGAACCUAGUAAAGCUUGUUUUAAGAAAUGUUAUUUGUAGAUCAACCGGUUGGUUUUUGUGGAGUGACCAGGGUAUCUGGUUCUGAUGACUGCUGUAAUCGAGAGUUGCUGGAAAAAAUCAUGGCUGUUGGUGUCUUAGAUUUUACUAAGCACUGGCGCACAUUUUGGCUUAAUAUUAGUCAAAAUUUGAGGGAUGAUGCUCUAUACCUACAGGGUUUGUUACAUAACAUUGAUUAAUGAUUCAGAUUAUUUGUUAAGGAGUUUAAAGCUGACUUUGGAAGGUUUCCAUGACCUUUUCGUUAACUCCUACGGAUAUAACUAUGAUCAAAACAAGGAUUUUGUCGAAAAGUUCUUUCAUGAGCUGGAAAGUUAUAUGCUGGGAAACCGGCAGAAUAUAGCGUCGUUGGUUAAUGAAUUUUUCGAUAAUCUGUUAAUCCGUGCACUUCACGUAAUGCUGUUUGUAAAAACUGAAGCAGAUCGUGUUGUAGCCAAAUGCGUUGCAUCUAAGCUGAAACCUCUCAAGCCUUUUGACCAAGCGCCUGAAAUAAUAAGGUCUAUGGCAUCUCGUGCAUUUCCUCCUUUCAGGAUUCUUAGAAAUAGUUUUCUUUUAGGAAACCAUGUAGUUCAAUCCUUAAUAAAGACAACCGUAAAUCAUAGUUGUAUAAAUGAAUGGACUAAAUUACGUUACUGUAAUUUAUGUUCAGGCGUAAUUCAACCUGUCAUAUGUCAACAUAGCUGUUUUAGUCGUUUGUCUACAUGUUUCAUAUUAUGGACUGCUUUUGAUAAUUACUGGUUGUCAUUUAUUGAUCAGGUUGCUCGUGUUGCUGAAAGAUUGAAAGACUCGAAAAGUUUCCCCCAGGUUAUUCGACCACUACAAAUACAUAUAUCUGAUGCUAUAAUGAAUCUUCAAACAAUAUUCUUUCGGCUAGAACAGUCUGAUGAAUUGUUCAGUGAUUGUUUACCAGACAGAUCAAAAGAUGUUCAGUCAUUUUAUUCGAGACUGAAUAUUAGACAACGACGACAUCAACCGUUUCUGUUUAUUGAUCAUCAUAAUGCCAUAUCAGAAACUGAUAAACAUUUUUAUCUUUAUGGUAAUUAUGAUCUCUUGAAAUCAUGGGUAGACAGUAUUCGUAACAAGUAUCUCUCAUUACGCCAACCAUUUUCUGCCAUCAUCGAAUAUUUUUGUAGUAAGGAGCUUUUGCGUAAUUCAAUGGAAAAUAGUGAUCAUUUAUGUUGGACAGGUGAUAAGUUAACACUUAGUUCAAAUGUAACUCUAAAAGUGAUUGAAAAUAAAUCCUCUAUUAAAAUGAAUCCUAUAGUUGCCCAUGUCACCAAAAAUCUACAACAAAUAACUGAACUACUACAAUCUGUCAUUGAAAAUAAUGCUGAUCCUAAUUUUAUGCCGAUUAUAGAGGAAAAUAGAAUUAAUUCUUCAGAUAAUAUCACUAUUCUCCGUCCAUUACCAAAUCAUUCAAUAACAAGCCCGGCUUCAGAACUAACAACUUUACGUUACUUAGAACGUGAAGUCUUGAUACCAUCUAAAGGCAAAAUCAAUUCUCCAUCUUCACGUGAUCACAUCAAAACACCAUUUCAAUUGAAUGAGAAUCCAGUUAAAACUUCAAUCAAAAAACAAACAGAACCUGAUCAAGUAAUCUAUUUUAAUCCACCUCAUAAUUUAUGGUUACCGUCAAUUCAUAGACCAUUAUUUACUUAUUUACAUAAAGUGAUCUGGACAUUUGAUACAAACAAUGGUAACAUUCUAAAUUCAAAUUCAUCUACAUUGUUUAGUAUUUGUUCACUUUGUAUAUAUUUAUGUAUUAAAUAAUCAAGUAUAUUGUGUGCAUUGACAUUUUUUUCCCUUCCCUAUAUUUCACAUUGUUUUGCUUAUUUCAUCAAAUAUUGAUGAUCUAUUCACCUAUCUAUCCAUCCAUCAAUAUUAACAUAAAAUGCAUAAAAUGAUGAUAAUCUAUCAGAAUAGAUGCGAAAAAGAAGCAUACAAUGUGUUUUGUUUGUAUUUGUUUGAUUAAAAACUUUCAUGAAUUUCAUUGAUUAGGUAGGACAAAUCCCAUGAAUGCAUGAAAUAUCAUUGAGAAAAUAUAUAUUUGAUCAAUGAGAUGAUGUGCUUUUAUAUUAUAUUUAUUCAGAAUGAUGCAAUUGCAAUUCGUGCGACUCUGUUUACAACUUUCAUUUUUCAUCUUUGAUCAUUUCACAUGUUACUUAAUGAUUUAUUCAUUAUGAUUAUUGUCCUUGUUUUGUU